UUCCACUUCAAAUAAAAUAUAUAUUAGCGUUUUUUUUUCAAGUAGAAAUCAAAAAAUCUCUUGGUAAGGCCUAUGUAAUGGGGUUGAACAGCUUUGGUGAUGUGAGGUGACGUCGAUCUCCGCUUGAACUGCGAGAUGCGGAAGGGGGGAACACCGUCACGCACUCAAGUUCUUGGAAAGCAGGUUCCGGGAGGGGAGCUUCAGCAGUUUUCUAGAUUUUCCAAUGCAACUUCAGUGCGUUACUAUGACGGCACCCAUUGAAGAAGAGCUGACAGCCACUGAAGAGAAAAGCCUGAAAGUCAAUACUCGACAUUCCCCUGCUAGACCUUCCAGUCUUCCUGACGACGCUACGCUGACUCCGCAAUCACUUUCACCACACAACAGCACCAUUGGUCCAUCGCAUGCUUCAUUCAGUGACCAUGGCGACCUGCAGAACUCUCAGUCCGGCCAUGUAGUCGCAUUACGGUCACCACGGAUGGAGCCCACUGGUAGCCAGGGGUGGGAAAACCGAAGCCCUACCUCGGCGAAGCAUGAGGAGGGGCCAACUACCAAACAUGAAUUGGACGCUAGCGAUCAAGACCGGACCGAGCCCAGUAAAAAGCGACGACUUGAUGGAACAGACGAUAUAGAACACACCGAGGCUUAUGAGGAACUGCGUAGGGGUGCCUUCCAAGCCCUACAAUCAAUAGAACAGGACUUUGCUAAACUUCGAGAGAGGUUGUAUCAUGAACGGCUAGCCGAGAUAGAAAAAGAAGUAGUAGCUAUCUCGACGGGAAAGCAUCCAACUUAUGCUCAAGCUAUGUCAGAAAUCGAUAGCAGGCGAAAGAAGCAGAUGGAGCAAGUCUCUGAAUGGAGACGGCAUAAGAAUACCGAUAUUCAUCGGCAAGUGCAAAGUUCUCUUCGGUCAGCCCACGUAACUUUUCUGGCCAAACGGGCGGAACUACGUAGAUCCGUGAUGGACAGUAUUAUGAAUCAGAAGCAGAAACUGACGGAUGAGAUGAUGCUGUUUAACAGUACAGGUAAAUUGGAAGAGUCUAGCAAAUAACCCACUCUAUGUAUCCUACUGACGUCCUUCACCAGCACCCACUUUGCCCAGUGAACGCAUCUUGAAGCAUAAUAGAGAAAGGACUUUGCAAGAGAACAAGGACACACUGGGAAUCUCGACCACGGUUGGGUUUCCAAUCAGCAUGAAGCCGUCUGGCUAUGAGGAAGCGGAGACUGAAUCGGAC